AUGCUGCCCAAGGCUCUUUUCGCUGUGGCGCUGGCGUCCUCUUCGGCCACAGCCUUUCUGGUGCUGCCGCCGACGGACUCCCAGGCUGCCAAGAGCGCCAAAGGCGACAACGGCAUCGACGGCGAUGCCACCGACUUUUCUGCCGCGACUGGUGCCAGCCUGAAGCCGGACGUCUUUGAAGCUGCCGUCGUGACGGUCGACUGCCCGGGCUGCGGCCUGACGGUCUUCAACAAGGCGCAUCACGAGAAGGACAUGUCCACGGCCGUCCUGGAUGACGUGCCCAACUUUUUGAACUUCUUCCUCCGCGUGGAGCGCCGCGAGGACGGCGACCAUAUCGUCAUCAACGACCUCGAGCUGUAUCCGGAGGUCGACAUUCACAACAGCGCCCUACACGCCAUGCAGCUGCCCGUUCACCCUCGCAAGCACCACAGCAAACACCACGAGGGCAAGCAUCACGAUGAGCACCACGAGGAGAAAGAGGAUGAGAUGAAGCGCGAGAUGCACCAUCCCAAGGAGAAGCACGACCUGCGCAACCGACUCAUCUUCGAGCCUGUGCCCUUGGGCUACUCGCUGCAGAUGCAUACGGUCGGCAAGGACGCUAGCAACGACAUGGACGUUGUGGCCCUGAUCCUGCAGAUCAUCGGGGUCAACGAUGUCUUUAUCCAGGGCAUCCCGGCCGUGUCCAUCAACCUGAUUCGCAAGCCGGAGGGUACGCUGAUUAUUGGCAGCGUGGGCAUUGAAGGUGACUCCAAGGUUAACGACGUUCACCCGGUGCCACUCGAUGGUCCUCAUGGCCCGCCUCACGGUCCUCACGGUCCCCACCACGGUCCCCCUCCUCCGCACGAUCACCCUCAUGGCCCCCCGCCCCCGGAGGAAAACAGUGCCGCCCGGGAGGAGCUCGAGAAGAAGCUGUCUGAGUGCACGAACAUCCUGUGCCGCUGGAAGGUUAUCCUAUCGUCUCACGUCAAGCCGCACGGCUGCGGUGGUAUGCGCAAGGGCAAGGGCAGCCAUCACGACGAAUCCCACCACGACGAGGUCCCUGAGGAAGGUCACAAGGACGUUCCCGCGGAGGCCCUCGAGGAGGGCCAUGAUGAGAAGCACAUGCCGUACCACGGGCACCACCACCACCGUCACAGCUGGGUCCGCCUACUCGGAAACUUUGUCUCGCACAUUCUGGUGCCGGUCUUGAUCGGUGUCUCUGCUGGUGUUGGGUCCAGCGUUGCCGGCAUGAUCGUUGGCAGCCUGAUCGUCCGCCUCUGGCGCAUGUUCUUCCGUCGCCCGCAGCAGAAGCCCGAGAAUCUGUGCUCUAACAACAGUAAGGCUGCUGUCUGCGAGGCCGGCGCUGUUGAUGAGAAGGCCGGUCUGAUGACGGCUGCCGAGGCCGAGGAUGAACUUCCGCUGUAUAAGGAUGAGGAGGAGGAGAAGGAGGCUAAGGAGGGGAAGCACGAUGUGUAA